CCCGAUUUCUUCAGAAGAAGAUAAUAAGCCUGAUUGCUACAGAAAAGAAUUAAAAAUAUAAAGUACCCUAUUAGGCUGGACAAGAUUUUUCUCACAAAUCAUGUCAACAAAGCAUAAUGGAACAAAAAAAAAGAGAAAAAAACGAUCAUCUCCGGAUGAUCAGCUCGAAGAGAGUUCGUAAUUCGGACUGCUUUUGCUCAGGUCCCACAAUUUCAUUUUUCGAAAAUAACAAUCACCACAAUCCACGAUACAUGCAAUCAGAUGUGGAAACCGUUCUUUUUUGCUACUUCUCAUGUCCGCGGCGCCCUCGCGGCAUUGAUUGUCUUUGGCGGGGCGAUAUAUGUCGUAAACGCUCAAAAUCUGGUUGAGAAGUGGACCAUUGGGAAACCUACAAGCGACUUUCUCCCCGAAACUAACACCUUUACAUUUACCUAUGCAGUGGACGAUUCUAUAACAACUGCCAAUACUGCUGGCCAGAUGUAUCAGAUUGGCUGCAAAGAAGAGAAUCUUGAGCUCAACGCCCAAGAAGGUAUCACAAAUGUAGUGGCAGCUGUUUCAAACACUGGUAGCGCUACUCUUACUUUCACCAUGAACUUUGGUAUUCUGUCAAAGUUUGACACGAUACUGAAUCGGGAAGAGAGUUACAUGGACACCUGUGUCCGAUUCAUGCUUACUACUGAUGACCAAACAGUGGAGGUCAAUUUCCUAGAAGCUACACUCAGAAUUUAUUUCGAUCUGACUGCUGGUGUUGUCAUGGACUUCAAUGUUUCUCCAAAAAACAAGGAGGUUGUUGCAGAAGAGAAGCAGUACGGUGCCGAUGCCUUUCUCUGUAAUCCCGACACUUUUGAACCACUCGAAGGCAAUGUCUUUCUGCCAGGAUCCGUUCUCAAUGUUUGUGUCAAACCAAACCAGCAAGCACUCGACGAUGGCUUAUAUAUGGAAAGAAUCGAAGAAUUCAGCUGGUUCAGAGACUCAAUCAAGCAAGAGGCAAUCGUUGACGGUAGCUCUUCCAGCAAUGGCUUGACGCUUAUGACUUGUGGAGGGGAUGGUAAGUAAACCAGCUACCACUCAUCGUCCAAAUUGUAUCCUGUUUUAGCAGUGCACCUUUGUGAACAAGGAUUGCUUGUGGUAUCUAGUCGCUGUUUCUCAGGCUUAUUUCUUUUGCACUCGUUUCUACACAGGUGGCGGUUAUUGCUCAAUCUCAACGUUUCUGAUCGCAGACUUUUACCGACCGCCAACUCUUCCUCCGACCCCAACCCCCACAACUGGUAAUUAUGAUGGUUAUGGAGGCGGAAAUGGUGGAGGCUAUGGGGGAGGGUAUGGUGGAGGUUAUGGAGGUGGUUAUGGAGGCGGCUAUGGUCAAUAUUCGCAGCCGUGCCAGAAUUGUUACGUUUGCGAUGGCACCACACCCACCAUUACUACAGACACCAUGGUGCAUGGGUUUUGUAUACACGGCGAAGCCUCGGUUACAACGAACCAAAGAAGGGUCGAUGCUUAUUGGGAUCGGAGCGCGUACGACAGAAUCAAUAACUUCAACGACGAAACGAUUCUUUUUGAAGACUCAACGAGUUAUAAGGCAGAUAUAAGCUACUCCGGCAGCGAGACCGAAACUCCAAACCAAGACCUGUGCGAGGGUGGAUAUUUCUUUCAAGCCAAAAACUACGAAGUAAGUGUGUCUUCUGUGUUUGGAUGUAACAACCGGAGCAGUCGAUAACCCACGGUAACUCGCAAUGCUUCGCCAACAACGUAUUGGGUUGAUUCCAUAUUCAAUGCUCACUUUACAUUGUUGGUUUUGUCGAAUUGAAUCGAACGAAAUUUGAAAUGAACUUGUCGUGAACAUUCGAAUCAUAAUUUCCAAUGCAAACAAAACGCAUGAUGAAAUUUAAUUGGUUACUUCAUUUUCUUACUGAUACCCAAAGGUUGCGAACGUAAUAAAAAUUGAGAUCGAAAUCACAAAACACGACGUCUACGAUCCGGAUGACGAUGAGGGAAUUAGGUUUUGCACCAUGGUCACUUCGGACACAAGCCGUGAUGGGGGGCUCAAUAACAACUUCAUGGCAUCGUCCUACGAUAUCACGGAAGGCCUACGGUUCCAAUUGAACGACGCAAACACACACACGAUUGAGGGUACUGGAAUCGAUUGGUAUUCUAUUGCAGGAUACAACAAUACGCACCCGAGCGACACCCUAAGAGACAUUUUCUCAAGUGGAAAAGAUGUCUUGGUCCGCGUUGAUGCCGAUGGCUUUUACUAUUCUACGUACAUCGGAUAUUUCUACCUCCCCUCCAAAGAUUCCGAUGGUGAUCCCUUCACCUCAAACUCCGUCUUUCGUAUGGAGGUAGCUCCAAAUUGUCAAGGUGUAUGGAUCCGUGCGCCAAGACACGAUGGGACAAGCAGAGUGAUUCGUAUGAAUAGCGGAGAUAGCGUUACUUUAACCUAUGCCGACACAGGUUUUGGUACAGGAUACUGGUUCACAGCGGGUGAAAACGAGGAGUGGAACGGCAGCACAAAUUCGUUUAAGAUCGAAAGGGGUGACGGAACCUUUGAUCCCUACGACAUGAACGUCAAUUGCGUCACUUUUACCAGCGAAAAGUGCUCUUAUUACUCGUACUAUGGAUCUAUGGGAGGUUUUCGGAAUCGAGAACUCGGAAAAUACGCAGGAGAAGCAGACGAGCCAGCCAUUGCAUUCCGGGAACAAGAAUCUGGCGCCCGACGCCUUCAAACCGAUUCCGAUGAAUUUGCACUCGCGGGCGGUGAAGGCACGAUCAUUCUGGACUUUGGCAGUCGACGUCUGGAAGGGUCCAAUGCCCGUUUGCUGCAGGCUACGCAAGAUCCGUUGUCCUCGACUAUCUCCGUCGAUGCCACACUUUCUACAGCCUUCGACGAGAUAGGAGAGCUGCGAACCGCCAGUGGCAACCGCUUGCAGAGGGCGACGGGCGUUAUUGGGCUUUUAUUAGCAUGGGCGACUGCGAUGGUAGCCUUCGCGUGGUAGAGGAACCCACGGGCUUGUCUUGAGGAGGAAAAAGGAAAACAACGAUGUUGAAAUGCAACAGUCAUGGGUGUCAUCGUUCUGUAUUUAGUUGUACUGUGCAUGAGUGAAUGCUCUUAAUUUCCGCUGUUCUUUAGACUCCGUUGAAAUAAAUAAAAAGUAAUUUG